UAUAGCGCUCGAGAUACUUCCCGGGGGCAGGAACUCGGCCGAUUUUUCUCAGCCGGCGCAGAUCGCACGCGCGUGAACGCCUUCGUUCGAUCGAACGACUUUCACACGAUCGGACGAAUCCCGCUCGUCGCGGCACGCGAUCGACGAGUGUUACACGCGCGUUUCGGAUAUUCGUCGAUCACACGGCGGCACCAUGACUGUCGCGGUUUUCGUGAUCACCCUUGUGAUCGCCCUGAGCGACUCGGUGUCGAUAGCGCGUGUCAUCCGCGCCACCUCGUCCGGCCCGGAGGAUCUCUGUGAUAGCCAGGUUUACUGCGAUGGACCGCUGUUGCAUACGGUGCAGCUCGCUGGAAUUUUUAACGACAGCAAAACCUUCGUGGACCUUUACCAGUUGCACAAUCCGGAAGUAACCAUCCAGAACUUCAAUGCUUUGAUGAAGGCUACCGACAACUCCCCUAAUCGCAAUGAGGUAGCUGCGUUCGUCGCGGAAAACUUUGCUAUGCAGGACGAACUAGAUAAUUCGACGUUGCCGGACUGGAAGGAGAAGCCUGCGAUCCUAAAAUCCAUUCUGGAUCCUCAGUAUCAAGAAUGGGCGAAACGUUUGAAUUACAUCUGGAAGACUUUGGCGAGGAAGAUAAAUAGUGACUUGGUGGUGAAUCCGCAGCGGCACAGCUUGAUUUACGUGAACAAUACAUUCGUCAUUCCCGGCGGGCGAUUUAAAGAGUUUUAUUAUUGGGACAGUUACUGGAUAAUCGAAGGACUCUUAUUGUGCGACAUGCCCGUCACAGUUAAGGGAAUGAUCGAGAAUUUCCUCUCUAUGGUAGAAAGAUACGGCUUUAUACCAAACGGCGGCAGAGUGUAUUACUUAAUGCGAAGCCAACCGCCCAUGUUGAUACCGAUGGUCGCGAAAUAUUACAAAUACACAAACGAUCGCUCAUUUCUGAAGCAAAACAUAGCAACGCUUGAAAAGGAGUUUGAAUAUUGGCAAAAGGAAAAGACGGUGGACGUAAGGGUGAACGGUAAGACGUACAAGAUGGCGCAUUACGUGGUAAACAGCCGCGGACCCCGGCCGGAGAGUUACAAAGAGGAUUAUCGACUGGCGCAGCAAGUGCCGGAUCAGAAGCGAGGGGCGCUUUACAACGACUUGAAAGCGGCGGCGGAGAGCGGCUGGGACUUCUCCUACAGAUGGUGCAUACGGACUAACAAGGAUGCCAAUCUCAGCCUCGUCAAUGUCUCCACGAGCCACAUCAUACCCGUUGAUUUGAACGCGAUAUUACAACAGAACGCCAAGACGCUUGCCCGCUUUUACGGUAUCCUGGGCAACAUGAAGAAAUUCUUGCAUUACACCGAGAUUGCCGCAAACUAUCAAGCUGCCAUUGACAACGUGCUGUGGAACGAGAAGGAGGGAACCUGGCUCGAUUACGACACCAGAAAUAAGCAAUCCAGGAAUUCGUUCUACCCUUCGAAUCUGUCGCCUCUAUACACUCUGAGCUACAAUUGGAAUAAGAGAUUUAAAUAUGCGCGGCAAUCCGUUUCUUAUCUCAAAAGAAACAAGAUCGAUUCUUUCAUUGGUGGUACGCCAACUUCGGUCAACUAUACUGGCGAACAAUGGGACUUUCCAAAUGCGUGGCCACCGUUGCAGUCCUUCCUGAUCCUGGGUCUCUAUCAAACUCAUGUAAAAGAAGCGAUCGACUUAGCCAAGGAGCUGGCCGACAAGUGGCUUAGGUCGAAUUAUCUUGGUUACGACGAGUAUGGCAAGAUGUUCGAGAAGUACAGCGCCGUGCAUCCCGGCGAGAGCGGCGGCGGCGGCGAGUACAACGUCCAGGACGGCUUCGGAUGGACGAACGGCGUCGUUUACGAGCUCCUCCACAUCUUCCCGGACUCAAAGUUUGUGGACGAUACCGAAUACGGCAACGGUAUUGAUAGAUAAUACACGUGGCCAGAUCAGUAGCUAAAUUGAUUCCAUAGGAAUAAACACUAAUGUCUUUCCAAAAGUAAAGGAUAAAUGUAAAUAAGUGGAUUGAAAGAAAUUGAUAAUCGAAAUUUUUGUCUGUGUCAAUUUUUUUUUUUAUUGGAUUAGUGAACUUUAAAAUUAGAGCUCGAUCAGGACACGUUUUCUUUGUAUUGUUUGUUAAUGUAGGGCAAGGGUUUUUAUAGACACUUUAGAAUUUUCGUCUGACUCUUUACAACUUAACGUGUAACUUGUACAAGUCUUUCAACAGUAAAAGUAAUUUACGAAAGUGAUAGUUUGUCAAAACAAAAUUUUAUGUUGAUUUAAAAAACAAUUACCUAACAAUUCCAUUUUUAUGACACAGACAUAGUUAUCAAGAAUGUCGUUAUAAGUACCUAAACGUAUGUAAGAACGUAGCGGAAUUUGUAAAAUAUUUGGUAUUACACAUUCAAUGCUGAAUUUAUAAUCCUCUUGCCUCUGGCGAUGCCAAAAUGAAUGUUUCAUUAGAUUCACAUCUCGAGAAUUUAUUUAAAAAUGUAUAACAUAGGUAUAUAAUUGUGUUAUGCAAAUUUAUCUUGUUUAUUACUUUAAAACUUUAAAUUAUUAUAUUUCAAUUAUGUUAACAAAAGUUUCAAGUGUUCUUCCUUAUGAGUUUUCGUCUUUAAAGUUUGGUAGCACUGUUCAGCGUCGGUCGACCAAUGUUUAACAUGUCAAACAUUUAACGAUAAACGUAGACAGCGCAGAGAAGCAUCUUGUAACAAAUCUAGUCCAUCAGGAAAACCAGGGCAACGCAAAGAUACACUUUACUCACGUACUUCAAAUUACAGUAAGUUCUAUGAGUCUACGAAGGAUUCGGAUCGACGCAAAAGGGUUGUAACUAGCAAGGAAGUGUUUCUAGCUUCGUUCGCUUUUUAACUUUCUCUACUGUUGAAAUAUAUAAAAUUAAAACGCGAACAUGUACAUUAAGCAUCUACGUACGGAGCAUAAUGUAUUUAAUAACAAUAUUAUUAAUAAUAACAAUUUGUAUUAAUAAUGAUAUCUGUAAUAAUAACACAUUUGUGUCGUGCUGAAUUAAUGCGAGUUGAGAAGUUCUCUCAUAUCGCAUUUCAAAUUGUAACUGUUGAAAUGUACCUCGUUUAUCGCGUGCAAUCGAUCGAAAAUUUUGUUUUUUUUGGAAAACGCGUUACGGAAAUUAUGGUUACAGGAGAAUUUAUGGGUGAACGAACAUCUCUCAUCGAAAUGUUAAAAACUCGAUGUUACUGCUCUUUCGCAGAAGCGUAAAUUGUUAUCGUGUGUUGUGCACGAGUGUGUGUUGCUAGCACGUUUUUCUAGAUUUAGGUUUGCUGGUUUUGUUUUACCGUAAACUAAACAAUUCGUUACCCUUAGUUAUACCGCACAUUAAUGUAACAGAUUGUUGAAUAAACACAUAAAAUAACGCAUAUA